AUGAUCCCUCGGCAAUCGGGACCUCUCUCUGCCAAUCGUCUUGUCGUUGAUGUCAGCCGAAGAACCCCACCUGGGUUCCGCUUCAAGCCAAGCUUCGGGUCGGACCGGAUUUUCUAG